ACGACCGCUGCACCUACAACCACAAUAACUACUCCAACGACUACGACAGCGGCUCCAACAACCACUACAGCUGCAAUGACUACAACAGCUGCACCUACAACUACGACAGCUGCACCUACAACUAUGACAGCUGCACCUACAACCACGACAGCUGCUCCAACGACUACAACAGCUGCACCUACAACUAUGACAGCUGCACCUACAACUACGACAGCGACUCCAACGACUACAACAGCUGCACCUACAACCACUAAAGCUGCUUCAAUGACUACAACAGCUGCACCUACAACUACUAAAGCUGCUCCAACAACAACAGCUGCACCUACAACUACGACAGCUGCGCCUACAACCACUACAGCUGCUCCAACAACAAUAGCUGAACCUACAACUAUGACAGCUGCAGCUACAACCACUACAGCUGCUCCAACAACAACAGCUGCACCUACAACUGCGACAGCUGCACCUACAACUACGACAGCUGCACCUACAACCACUACAGCUGCACUUACAACUACGACAGCUGCACCUACAACUACGACAGCUGCAGCUACAACCACUACUGCUGCUCCAACGACAACGACAGCUGCACCUACAACUACGACAGCUGCACCUACAACUACGACACCUGCACCUACAACCACAACAGCUGCUCCAACGACUACAACACCUGCACCAACAACCACUACCGCUGCCCCAACAGCCACAACAGCUGCACCUACAACCAUUACAGCUGCUCCAACAACAACAGCUGCACCUACAACUACGACAGCUGCACCUACAACCACGACAGCUGCCCCAACGACUACAACAGCUGCACCUACAACCACUACAGCUGCUCCAACGACUACAACAGCGUCUCCAACAACCACU